AUGUCACUAUUCAGUUCCCCACCCGAAGCCAGAUUAGGGUCUCUUGGCGUCGAGCCUCUACUCCCUUGCCCGCCACUGCCCAAUAUUGUCUCGGAAUGGGCAGCAAUCCUGCCACUCGUAUGCCAUCUCGCGGGUCAAAGAGAUGAUUACAUCACGACUGGAGAGAUAGCACUGAUGGGCAGACUGUCUGUCGGGAUUUUUCCCAGGCUUGGGACCCUCUCUGGAUUGGCCAGACUGUUGGACAGGGGAACCAAAUAUCUUGACCAUGCAAGCACUAGAGGCGGCUCGAGUCGUACCGUCUAUGAUGUGAAAUGGGGAAGUGUGUUCCCUUGUGCAAACGGUGCUGCCUGUGCUGCCAUUUCGAGAUAUCUUCUGAGCAGGGACAGACAACCCCCUCAGCGAAUGCCGGAAACACGGCCUCCCCAGCCUGAAGAGGACAAAAACGAAAAGUCUUCAUUUCAUCAAGAAUUCAAGAUCAGACCUGUGUCUAGCUCUCUCAGAAGUGAAGUACGGUCCAUAGCCUCGGGAGAAGAAAAGACUGGGGAAGACGUCCGCCGUUAUCAAGUUCUUCACGUGUACCAAUUGAACCGAAAGCCCAAACAGAAUUCCUUGAGACAAUGUGUCACUCGGCUACCAUUGUCAUUACCUGGUCAACUCUUAUGGUCCUCUACGCUCUUAUGCCUCGCAAUCUUGUUCUGCCUCAUUGGCUGCUUUGGCCCAGCAGCUCUCGUUGUCUGCAACUCGCUGUCACAGCUUGUAGCCUUGCGUGUUCCGAUAACCCGUCCGUCUACAUAUCUCAGAAACAAUGAGAUGCACGACGCAUGUAUGCUUGUUGCAUCCCAUGAGAACGCAAGCGAGUGGCACCUGUUCAUCGGCGAUCGGGGGGUAGCGGAUACUUUGCUCAACAAACCCAUGUUCAUGGUACCCAAGGGAAGGUCGACUCGCUUCGCAGCCGGCUGGUUCUGGUUCGCCAACUUAUUCCAGCUCACAGCCAUGACUUAUGUUGCUGCGCAAAAGGGGUGGGAUGGGGUAUGGUUGGUGGCUCUUCUCGCUGUGCAUUGGGCUCUGCGGUGGUCGUUUUCCGGUCGGGCCCUUGCCCGCGACUGGCUCGAGCGAGAGGGCAUCGACGCCAACGUCAGGAGCUUUGAAUUUGGCGGCCGGUACGCCAUGAUGGGUGCUAUCCAGGUGCUCAGUAAAAGCACAGCCACGCGCUGGAUGGACAAUAUCUUGGUCCCUCAUCCCCGACGAGAGGCUUGGCUCGGCGCGCUUGGCGUCGGAGAGCCAACAGGAAGCCUCAACUUUCACGACCAAAGCUGGCUGGAAUACACAACUGAAGCAUCUUUGGCUUCAGCGGAAGUAAUGAAAAGUACGUUCGGCUUGAGUCAGUGCCAGACAUCGGUUUGA